AUGGCGGCGGGUGCCACCGGCGAGCCGGAGAUGGCUGAAGUGCUGCCUCAGCACAAGUUCGACCUCAGGUCCCUAGAGGCUUACCUAAACCAGCACCUGCCUGGUUUUGGGGCCGAGCCCGAAGCCACUCUGACCGUUGCCCAGUACAGAUUCGGACAGUCCAAUCCAACCUUUUAUCUCCAAAAGGGCAUUCAAGCAUAUGUACUCAGGAAAAAACCACCAGGUUCACUUCUACCUAAAGCGCAUAAGAUCGAUAGAGAAUUUAAAGUCCAAAAAGCUUUGUUUUCAGUUGGAUUCCCCGUUCCCAAGCCUUUGCUGUACUGCAGUGAUGCUUCUGUCAUUGGAACAGAAUUUUACGUGAUGGAACAUGUGCAGGGUCGAAUCUUUCGUAAUUUCACAAUUCCUGGUGUUAGCCCAGCUGAACGCUCAGCCAUAUAUGUGGCCAUGAUCGAAACCUUGGCUCAGAUACAUUCCUUGAAUAUACAGUCAUUGCAGCUGGAAGAAUAUGGUACAGGUGCUGGGUACUGCAAAAGACAGGUAUCAAUCUGGACAAAUCAAUAUCAAGCUGCAGCUCAUCAGGACAUUCCUGCCAUGAAACAGCUAUCUGAGUGGCUAAUGAAAAACUUGCCAGAUAAUGACAAUGAGAAAUAGCUGCUAUACUGUAUUUACAUGCAUAUACUGCACAAUGAUUCGCUUAGGGUAGAUAACAUAGUUUUGUACCCAUUAUUGUGCCGAGUUAUAGCAGUAGUGGACUGGGAGCUUUCAACCGUUGGUCAUCCUUUGUCAGACUUAGCUCAUCUUUCCAUGUUCUACUUUUGGCCAAGGACAGUUCCAGUGAUAAAUCAAUAUCCUGGUAUUCAAGAAAAUAUAGGGAUACCAUCAAUGGAAGAACUGAUUUCUAUAUAUUGCCGCUGCAGGGGAAUUAGUUCUAUUCUUCCUAACUGGAAUUUCUUCCUUUCCCUUUCAUAUUUUAAAAUGGCUGGAAUAGCACAGGGAGUAUAUAGUAGAUAUCUUCUGGGAAAUAAUUCAUCUGAGGAUAGCUUUCUGUUUGCCAAUGUUGUGCAACCUUUGGCAGAAACUGGAUUACAACUCUCAAAAAGGACUUUUAGUACUGCACUACCACAGAUUGAUACUACCAGACAGUUGUUUGUACAGACUAGGAAAGGCCAGGAAGUUCUUACUAAGGUGAAGCAUUUCAUGAAACAACACAUCCUUCCUGCUGAAAAGGAGAUAAUUGAGUUCUUUGUUCAAAAUGAAAAUUCACUGGAGAAGUGGAGAAAACCUUUAGUGAUUGAUAAACUCAAGGAAAUGGCCAAAGCAGAGGGCCUCUGGAACUUGUUUUUACCAGCUGUAAGCGGUCUCAGCCAGGUGGACUAUGCCUUGAUUGCUGAAGAAACAGGAAGAUGCUCUUUUGCUGCAGAUGUCUUUAACUGCCAAGCACCAGACACUGGGAACAUGGAGGUACUGCACCUAUAUGGAAGUGAGGAACAGAAGCAGCAAUGGCUUGAGCCUCUUCUUCAAGGAAACAUUGCCUCGUGCUUCUGUAUGACAGAGCCUGAUGUAGCUUCAAGUGAUGCCACAAAUAUUGAAUGUAGCAUCCAACGAGAUGGAGAUAGCUAUGUAAUUAAUGGCAAGAAAUGGUGGAGCAGUGGAGCUGGGAAUCCCAAGUGCAAAAUUGCAAUUGUUUUGGGAAGAACUAAAACAACUUCUGUAUCCAGACACAAACAACACAGCAUGAUUCUUGUUCCUAUGAACACACCUGGAGUACAAGUAAUAAGGCCUUUGUCAGUUUUUGGCUACAUGGGUAAGAAUGGGCUGGGCCAUUUUCAUGUUCUUUUUUUUUUUUUUCUCACAGGUGAAGGCAGGGGAUUUGAAAUUUCCCAAGGCCGCCUUGGGCCUGGCAGGAUCCACCACUGCAUGAGAACAGUGGGUGUGGCAGAACGUGCUCUGCAGAUCAUGUGUGAACGGGCAACACAAAGGGUAGCCUUUAAGAAGAAACUGUAUGCACACGAGGUUGUGGCUCACUGGAUUGCUGAAAGCCGCAUUGCCAUUGAGGAGAUCCGUUUGUUGACCCUGAAAGCCGCCCACCUCAUUGACACUCUGGGCAGUGCUGGUGCUAGGAAGGAGAUUGCAAUGGUCAAAGUGGCUGCCCCACGAGCUGCCUGCAAAAUCAUUGACCUGGCCAUUCAGGUGUGUGGAGGUGCAGGUGUUUCCCAGGAUUACCCUCUGGCUAACAUGUAUGCCCUAACCCGGUCUUUGCGCUUAGCAGACGGACCUGAUGAAGUCCACCUCUCAGCAAUUGCAAGAAUGGAGCUGCAGGACCAAGCCAAAGGGUUGACAGCCAAGAUGUAAGGAGAGUAACACCACCAUCUCCCUUGGGCAGAAACUCUCCUUUAUACAAACUUAACCUGCCCCAACAUUCGAAUCUCAUAUUUUUACAGCAGGUUGAGCACAGGGUUAAAUAUUCACUUGUGGUAAAGAUUUAGUGUGUUUUGAUCAGUGGUUUUUAUAGUCUCAAGGGUUACCAGAUUUAAGUUAAAUAAGAACUUCUGUAGCUGUUGUCAUUUAGUCUAUUUCCUAAGUAGCUUGGCAUUAAACUUUUUAAACACAACUUGUAAAGAGAUCAUGAAGUAAAUUGGAGUGCCAAAGCAUAGACAAAUAUUUUUACUUUCUAAUUUUCAGGAAUUGUUCUGAUUUUCAGGAAUUGUUCCGUGUAAGUAAGUAACUCCAGGAAUUGCUCUGGAAAAAAUACAGUGGGAUCCCUUUUUCUUUGUUUUGUUUUAUUUUUUCUUUUUUAUGGUACUCCUUUUUAACAGUUUUUUCUUAGGGGUUAGUUUAACACUUUGCAGUAAUGUUUGCUCUAGAAAAAGAAGCAUGACUGGGUUGUUUUAGAAUUCAUGCAAUUAUAAGAUUCUUCGUAAGUCAACAGGAAGCAGUUAUGCAUAAAAUCUGAAUGCAGUGAAAGUUUACUAGAAAACAUGGCAUAUUAUGAGGAAAUAUAAUUAAGAACCACUUUAAUUAUUUAUAAAACA